AUGGCUGACACAAGCUCUUCCUUGACUGGCCUUGGUUUCUGCCCGCUGGACGGAUCGUCUUUCUCCGGUGGUGUGCUGUUCCGCUAUGUUGUGAGCGCGCGUGGUAUUCCAUUUCCGUCAGUCAGUGGGUACGAAAACCUUCUCCGUAAUGUAUACACUGAGGCUGACGUGGACCCGCGGGAAGUAGUUUAUGUCGAGGCACACGCAACCGGAACCAAGGCUGGCGGCAGGCAGGAGUUGCAGGCCAUCAGCAACUUCUUUUGCCCACCAGGGUGUCAGAAGCCACUCAAGGUCGGAUCCGUCAAGAGUAAUAUGGGACACCCAGAGGGCGCAUCCGGUGUCUCCGCUGUGGCCAAGGUGAUCCUUGCCAUGGAGACGGGCACCAUAGCGGCCAAUCUACACUUUAAGGAUCCGGACCCGAAUAUACCCUCUUUGCACGAUGGACGCAUUGAGGUAGUUGACAGGCCGACGCAAUUCGAUGGCGGCAUUGUAGGCAUCAACUCUCAAGGCCUUGGUGGUGUAAAUGUGCAUGUGAUCUUAGAGGCCAAUUCAGGUCCGCAUGUGGACAGCCUUCCGCGUCUGAAGCAAGAUAUUCCGAGGCUAGUUCUUAUGGCUGGAAGGACCGAGAAGUCGCUAAUGCGCACACUGGAUCGACUAGAGGCAGAAGGACCGUACCCGGACUCCGGGUAUGCGCUCCUGAAUCGAGUCGGGCAGCCAAGCGUGCAUCUGUUCCCGUAUCGAGGCUUUGCAGUCGUGCCCGUGAACAACACGCACACGGAAGUCGUUAAAGUAGUGCAGCCGGCUCCAUCCGAGAAACGGCCCCUCUGGUUUAUCUUCAAUGGCACGGGCUGCCAGUGGAACGGCAUGGCGCGCCAGAUGAUGCACUUUGACAUCUUCGCCACCUCCAUCCGCGAGUCGCACGCACUUCUUCAAGAGCAAUUCGGACUCGACCUGAUGGAUUCGUUGACCUCCGACGAGCCCCGUUGUGAGACAAUUGUCGGAACUUUAGCCUCAAUCGCUGCAGUUCAGAUCGCGCUAGUGGAUAUGCUUCAGGCUUUGGGCAUCAAGCCUGACGGCAUGCUGGGCCAUUCUUCUGGCGAGGUUGGCUGUGCGUAUGCGGAUGGAGGCUUGACCGCUGAGCAGUUUCUGCUUGCUGCCUACUGGCGAGGCCGCUGCAUUGAACUGGACUAUGCGUUCGAUGGAGCCAUGGCUGCAGUAGGCGAGUGCCAACUCACGUGGGAAGAGGCGAGAAAACGCUGCCCUCCCGAGGUGUACCCUGCGUGCCACAAUGCGGAGGAUUCUUUGACAUUGUCUGGUCCCGCCGAAGCCAUCGAAAAGAUUGUCGCGCAACUUCAAGCUGAGAACAUCUUCGCCCGCAAAGUGAACAGCAUGGGUGUGGCCUUCCACAGCAAGCACGUGCACAGCAUCGGUCCGGCCUUUCGAGAAGCCCUAAACAAGGUCAUACCAUCGCCAAGGCCGCGCAGCGAGCGCUGGAUCAGCACGUCAGUGCCAGAGAGCCGUUGGCACGAACCUGGUUCGCAGCUCUGCUCUGCUGACUACAUCACCAGCAACUUUUUGAACCCCGUGCUCUUCCUGGAGGCCCUCGCGCAUGUGCCCAAGGAUGCCAUCUUGUUGGAGAUUGGACCACACUGCCUCCUGCAGGUGAUCAUGCGACGUGCUUUGGGCCCCGACACCAGCUCUCUGGGCCUCAUGAAGCGGAACGCCGACAACGUACAGUAUUUCCUGACUUCUCUGGGUAAACUUCACAAUCUUGGGGUCGAGUUGGACUUGUCGACGCUCUACCCACCAGUGCCGUGGCCUGUGCCGCGUGGUACACCCAACAUCGCACACUUGGUCAGCUGGGACCAUUCCGAAACCUGGGAUAUCGUUCAUUGGAAUGAUUUCUCGUCGCAGAAGCAGGCGUUUGAAGAUAUUGAGGAAGUUGACAUUGAAGCCCACAGCGAUAAGUACCUGGUGGGUCACCAGCUAGAUGGAUCUAUCAUCUUUCCUCGUACUGGCUACUUGGUAUUUGCUUGGAAGCUUCUGGCCAGGCACUGUGCAAAGCCUAUGAACGAGACGCCUGUAAUCAUCGAGGACGUGAGAUUUCAGGGUUUAACGAUCCUGCCUUCAAGAGAUUGCGUCCGCUUCAAGAUCAGCAUGCUGCCCACCUCUGGCGAGUUUGAAGUGUGUGAGGGUCGAGCGGUGGUUUGCAAAGGCCGGAUCCGCAUGGCCGAAGAAGGUCAGACAGUGCUCCUCAAGGACCCUCCUGGACAGCCCCCAGAGACUGUUGCAUACGAUAUGGACGGUUCAGACGUUUACAAGGAGCUGAGACUCCGCGGAUACCAGUACAACGGAGCCUUCCAGAGUGUCCUCAAGGCUAACUCACAGAAACCAUACGGAAAACUGAAGUGGGAGGACAACUGGGUGACCUUCCUUGACGCCCUGGUGCACAUUAGCGUCAUCUGGAAGCCACAACGAAGAUUGCAGCUGCCUGUCAGGAUACAGUCGGUCCGCAUCGACCCCAAUGUUCACGCAAAGAUCACCGAAAUAGCCGGGGAUAUGG